CAUACCCUUCGCGGCGACUGUUCCCAAUUCCUCCCUCCCCGGCGCCUCCCUACCGACACCCUUCGCAGGGUCUAGCAGCCUUUUCUGCCCUCCAAGUCCCAUCCCCUCACUCUCUCUCCACGAAAUGUCGCCAUUGCCCCUUCCACGGCGAGACUCCCGAGGCGGAGCCUCCCGCGCUGAGCUCCGUGACUCCCCACCGCCACCGCACGAUCACACGCCUCACAGCGGCUUGGCGAUGACGUCUCCGCACCGCCAAUUUACCCCCGAGGCGCCGCCCCACCUCCACGGCUCCCCAGGUAUAGGCGCAGACCCCGGUCCGAGAUCGCCCCGAUAGUCCUCCGGGGUCAGGGCUGUGUCGGGCGUCUCAUAAAGGAUAAAGGUGAGAUCUUUUUACUGCACUUCCAUGAGAGCUGUUCGAGCAGUGGCUUCUUCUGUGCCUCUGAUUUGAGAAUUCCCCCUUCUCUUUGUCUUGCCGGAGGAUGUUGCUAACUAUCCACUUUUAAGACUGUGGACUGCUCUUCGGAGGAUAAAAAGAAUGUGAGCUGAGAGGCUUUGGCUUGGUAAGGAAGUUGCAAAAAUAUGAACGAGACAAGAAGGCAUUCUGUUGAUAUCCCUCUAACUAGAACUCUUGUGGCUCUCAAAAGAGUCCGAUCACUGAGAGACCCUGAUACGAGCUCACUGAGCAAGAUUGCUGCUUUAGUCAGCAAUAUCGUUUUGGAAACCAGCUCGUGCAAUGGCCCAAUUCUUGGAUCAAACAAUGGGUGUAAACAGAGUCUUAAUCAAAGGAUAAAAAUGGAUCCAGGACAGGGCAGCUUGUCGUAUUGUCACCCUUUGGCUCUCGAUGCAUCUGCAACGAGAUUGCCUAAGCACGCAUGCAUUCAUGGUUCCUGUUGCGGCAAUGUGCGCAGGUCCUUAGACUCAAAGUUGACGUCUCCUUGUGCCGGUUAUCUUGAAGAAGAGUUAGAUUUGAGUCGAAUUGGCAAAUUCGAACAGCUUGAAAUGAUACGCUCUUCAUCCCUUAAGCAAUCCGUAUAUGAAAGAUCAUAUUCUAGUAAGGAUGUUGAUGUUAUGCGGAAUGCUGAAGCUCAAUGCACCUGCGCUGACGGAGCCUGUAAGCGUGUCUUGUGCUGUAAACCAGUUGGUCCUGCUUCUGAAAAGUGCGAUUUUGUUUUCUCCAGAAACGGUAAGGGCGGACUAAGAGGCUGCUGUUCUAGAGCACCAAAUUUUGAUGAUCGAAAGCAUCUUUCUCAUGUUAAGGGCCGGAAGUUUCAGUUGAAUUCUCAGUUUGAUAAUGAAUCUGUUUCGGGUGGAACUGCUCCAUCACAAGAGAAAAUCAUGAGCUUAGUCGACAAAUAUAAGCCUAAAAUGUUCCAUGAGCUAGUUGGACAGGAUGAGGUAACUCAAUGUCUGUCAGAUGCCAUUUCCAGAAGAAAAAUAGCACCGAUUUAUCUUUUUCAUGGUCCUAGGGGUACAGGAAAGACCUCGGCAGCAAGGAUCUUCGCUGCCGCUUUGAAUUGCAACUCCCACGAGGAUUGCCGGCCUUGUGGAUCUUGCGAGGAUUGUAAGCUGGUGUUCAGCGGUAGCAGCGGGGUUGUCACUGAGUUAGAUGCUUCAGAAGCUACUCAUCAAGAGUGGUCAAAGUUCCUUUCAGAAAGUGCUCUUGCUCCAUGUUCCUCACACUUGAAAAUUUUCAUCAUUGACGAGUGCCAACUUAUAGAAAGGAGUACAUGGCCAGCCAUUUGUAAGACCUUUGAGAAGCUUUCCAAACAUGCUGUUUUUAUUAUGAUUACUUCUGAACUGGAUAAGUUGCCCUCGACAACUCUGUCUUUGAGUCAAAGAUAUCAUUUCUCGAGCCUAAAGAAGGAUGAUAUAAUUAUCAGGUUGCAAAAAAUUUGCAUGGAAGAAGAAUUAGAAGUUGAGAAGGAUGUGCUUAUUUUUCUUGCCAAGGAAUCAAGUGGUUCUCUUCGUGAUGCAAUAGCAACACUUGAUCAGCUGGCUUUGCUCGGUAAAAGGAUAACCUCAUCCCUUGCUUAUGAACUAAUGGGCGUUAUUUCUGAAGCUGAUUUGCUCAAUCUGCUACGAUCAGCGCUAUCUUCAGACACUCCUAGUACUGUUAAACGAGCAAGGGAGCUUAUGGGCACUGGAAUUGAUCCAAUGAAGCUAACAUCUCAGCUUGCAAAAGUCAUCACUGAUAUUCUUUCUGGUGGAGGUGGAUCUAUUGCUUCCAAAUUCGUUGCUGAAGCUAGUAAGGAGAAACUGACCAAUGCAUUGAAAAUACUGGUUGAAACUGAAAAGCAAUUGAGAACUUCAAAGGAUAAAUCUACAUGGCUCACUGCAGCCCUUCUACAGUUUAAUACUGGAGAAUCGUUUUCCUCGUCAAACAAGAAGGAUCCUAAGGCAUCUUGUGAAGUUGCACACUCAAGAGAUGAUGAUAAAUAUUUAUUAACGUCACAAAAGGAGAGUAUGGAAAGUUCUACUUUUUCGAACAAUCAGUUAUCCGAUUUGGAAAAGCAUUAUGAAGAAGCAGAACUAAAAUACAUAUGGAGGGAAACCAUCAAGAACUGCCAGUCAAAAUCACUAAAAAACUUCUUAUCAAAAGAGGGCACUCUGGCAUCUAUUCGGGUUCAUGAAGGUAUGGCAGUUGCUGAUGUAGUAUUUUGUGAUCUGGAUCAUGCGCAUAAGGCCGAAGAAUUCCGAGAAAUAAUUGUAGCUUCUCUUCAAAGCAUUCUCAGUCGCAAUGUGGAUGUUAGAAUCAGUCUCGGUGGAUUGGCUCCAAUUAGGAUGUCCAGAAGAAAACCAUUCAGAUUUUUAUGCUGCACUGGUGGUGGAAAGCAAAAGACAGUAUAUUCAUCCACAAAAGGUACAAAUUUUCAUGGAAGAAGACUCUGCCAGGUGGAUUUUCAAAAACACUAAACGCGCAAGGAAAUCGACAAACCUUGAAAGGGGAAGUGAAACCAACAAACAAUUUGAGUUCUCUUCGCAGACAAAAGAAAUCAACGCCGCUCCUAAUAUGAUCAUCAUAGUUGUUUUCCUUGAAGUCGAUCAUCAUCGAAAGAGAAUGUGGAAUGGUUCCUACUACAUUUGCUUGUGGCAUUCAAAGCAACACAUUCAACUGAAUGAUACUCAUUUCUUUUUGAUCUGAAUGCAUCUUCUGUAUUCAUGAAAGAAACUUGUAUUUUCUAUGAAACAGAUAUUUUGAUCGAAUCAAAUAUGUUCCUUGUUCUCU